UGAGAAAUUUCGAAAAUGUGUCUGUAGAUGUUAUGUAAAUCCAAAAAUGUAUGUACUUUUAUAUAGUUGCAUAUUGUAGAAUUAUAAUAAAAAUUUUAUUCAGUAACCCAUUCCCAAUGACUCUCCCUUAAUCCCUUAAUAAACAGCUUUGAACUUUAAACACUGUACAGUAUGUCACAUGAUCCUUUCACAUCCUUUUUUAUUCUACUGUAAAACCAGUAUCAGUAUGCAGAGAACACCAAGGAACCCAACCUAAAACUACACAAGAAGUACAUCCAGCAUUAGCACUGUUAAGAUGGGAGAGAUUAUUUAUGAUAAUGAUGUCAGCACUGAGUCUGAGGGAAUGAACAGACCGAGAACGGAGAUGAUGGUGCCAAUCUAUGAAUGUACAGAUUCUGUGAGAGAUCACGACUUCAGAACAGAAACAAACACACACCAACAACUUCAGCGUACAGGAAGUGAGUGUGUAAUGAACAGAAGAUACAGAUCAGCUACAUGUACAGUGUGUUUGGUGCUGCUGUGUGUUCUUCUACUGACUGCAGUCAUAGUGCUGUGUGUCCUGAUCAAUACAAACAAUCAACAGUGUCACAUCAAGACCAAAAAUAUCACAGAAGAGAGAAACCAGCUACUAACCAAAUAUACCAACAUCACAGAAGAGAGAGAUGAAUUAAUAGCCAAGUAUAAUAAUAUUACUAAACUAAAGGAGAAGCUGAAGGAGAAAAAUAAACUGGGGACACAACUUUAUGGUAAUAUCUUGACGCUACAGGAAAACAACACAAAUAUUAAAGGAUUAGCUAAACUGGUUGUGUUAACAGAUGGAUGGAUUUACUAUCAGUCCAGUUUGUACUUCAUUUCAUCUGAGAAGAAGAACUGGACUGAGAGCAGAAGAUACUGUAGAGAGAGAGGAGCAGAUCUGAUCAUCAUUAACAACAAAGAGGAACAAGAUUUUAUUAAGAAUAAUUGUGGUAAUGACAAACUCUGGAUUGGUCUGUCUGACAGUGAUGCAGAGGGCAGAUGGAAAUGGGUUGGUGGAAGCACACAGAGCUACAGCUUCUGGGCGUCUGCAGAGCCCAAUGGACGUAGAAGAGAGAACUGUGCUGUGUCUCAUUCAUCAGGGUGGGCUGAUUACUCCUGUGUAAACGCUUUUAAAUGGAUCUGUGAGAAGAGCACACAGCAAGUUUCUUCAGAUGUUUGCUUAUGCAGUAAAUUUUGAACACGCAUAUAAAGAUCAUUCUCUCUUAAGGAUCUUAAACUACAGUAUUUCAAGAUAUUCUAGUACAUUUAAAGAUUGUCAUGUAUUUAUUGUAUAUAUUUACUGUCUCCUGUAGUUUACACUGUUACACUGUGCAUUUCUAUAAAGGGCUUACCCUUAAUGCAUCUACUAUAGCAGUAUUCCUUUAAAACACCUUCAGUGCUUCAUAAUUCUCAUCUAGUGCUGACAACUCUUGAGUUUCAUCAAGGAAAUUCACACUGUGUGACCACCAGUGUUGACUCUUACCACUUUAAUUUUUUGUAACUUUUGAAUAAAGACA